AUGUCUACUGCCUGUUUCAACCAAUCACCAUCAGCAGCAGGAGCAUCAGGAGCACCAGCAGGAUACGAGUCAGCAGCAGCCAAGGCGGUGAAAGCAGCUAAGGCGGAGGUGAAGAGGCUAUUAAAGACGCGGCGGCAGGACCUGGGUCUGUGGGCUGUAUAUGCUCGCCUGGAAGCAGAGUGUGGCAAUUUGGAUGCUUCCAGGAAGGUUCUUGACACAGCAUUGGCUUCUGUUGCUGCUCUCCCCAAGUCCGCAGCUGAAGCCACGCCUCUCCUUGUGCUUGCAUACACCCACAUCGACCUAUCCCCGACCAAUCACUCCACCAACCAACACCAGAAAUUCCAGCAGCAGCAGCAGCAGCCCCACCAAACUUGGCGGCAGAGCAGAAACGGCUGUUUGCAGUGGUCUAUCAACCAGCACUGGCGUUCCCUCCACACUCUCGCCUCUUUCGCGGCGUCUGCCCCUUUUUCUGCCCCACCGCCACUCCCUCCGCAACUUGACCCAUCUGGGCUGGAAGAGGGCGGGCGAACUACAACCCCCUCCUCCUGGGCAGUUUGUAAAUAUUUUCCUCAAGCUGCCCUGAUACGCGCCCGGGCAGGGUUCCACUUGAAGCUGCAAGAAGCAAAGAAAGCCAUCGCUGCUUCAGCUGCUGCCGCCGCCGCCGCUGCUUCAGCUGCUCUCCCCAUAUCUUCCACCAACCCCACUGCUGCUAGCCUUGGUGCUAGUGCUAGUACCAACCCAACACCUUUCACGUCUGCUGUUGGCAAUGGGAGGCUGACACUAGAGGAUGAGAGCAACAGGGCAACAGCAGCAGUGGCGGUGGUGCUGUGUGCGUGUCUCUUUGAGCUCUUGGCAGCGCCGUCUCUCCCAGAAGGGGUUGCAGCCGCUGUUGUGGUGAUGGAUGGGUGCAUUGCUGCGGUGCUGCCUGGUCGCCGUGCCUGCUGCCUCCCCCUGGAGCUGCUCUUUGAGAGAUACGCCUCGCUGCUGCUGCACGCCCUGCCAGCCAUCCCACCGCAGCAGGUGCGGAGAGCGGUGCUGCAGGGUUUGAAGGAGUUCCCCAGCAACGUGCGCCUUCUUGGAACCUUCCUGCGGCUGGAGUCCCGCAGCGCGUUCACCAACGGCAUCCGGCGCUUCUUCGACCAAACCACCGCCAGACUAUCCCACCCCUCACCACUCCUCUGGCUGCUGUGUCUCCUGGUUGAGGUGGCACGGCCAGGGGCCCGUCCACGUGUGCGCGGGUUACUGGAGCGGGCGCUUGCGAGCUCAGCAAAGGGCAGUGGGCAAUGCGUGCUCAUGUGGCGGCUGUACAUCGGCUAUGAGCUCCACAUCAGCCAGAAUGCCGAUGCGGCGCGAAGAGUGUUCUUCAGAGCCAUCCACGCAUGUCCCUGGUCCAAGGCCUUGUGGUUGGAUGCCUUCACGCAACUCCAUGGAAUAAUCAAGGGAGAGGAGCUGAACGAGCUUGCCAACAUGAUGAGGGACAAGGAGUUGAGGUUGCGCACGGAUGUCUACGAGAUCUUGCUUCAAGACGCUCAAUAA